AUGCCACCAGCGGGGAGCGGUAGCUCUAGAAAGAUCUCUUUCAACGUCUCAGAGCAAUACGAUAUUCAAGAUGUCGUAGGAGAGGGCGCGUACGGUGUUGUUUGCUCCGCAUUGCACAAGCCGUCAGGCCAGAAGGUCGCCAUCAAGAAGAUCACACCCUUUGACCACUCCAUGUUCUGUCUGAGAACGCUACGAGAGAUGAAGCUACUCCGGUACUUCAACCACGAGAACAUCAUCUCCAUUCUCGACAUUCAGAAGCCUCGAAACUACGAGACCUUCACCGAAGUUUACCUGAUCCAGGAACUCAUGGAGACCGACAUGCACCGCGUCAUUCGCACACAAGAGCUUUCGGACGACCAUUGCCAGUACUUCAUCUAUCAGACCCUGCGCGCGCUCAAGGCCAUGCACUCAGCAAACGUUCUCCAUCGCGAUCUCAAGCCCUCCAACUUGCUCCUCAACGCCAACUGUGAUCUGAAGGUCUGCGAUUUCGGUCUUGCUCGAUCAGCCGCCUCAACCGAGGACAACUCAGGUUUCAUGACGGAAUACGUUGCUACGCGUUGGUACCGUGCGCCCGAGAUCAUGCUUACCUUCAAGGAGUACACAAAAGCCAUCGAUGUAUGGAGUGUAGGAUGCAUCCUCGCUGAGAUGCUUAGCGGAAAGCCUCUGUUCCCAGGAAAAGACUACCACCACCAGCUUACGCUGAUUCUCGAUGUGCUCGGCACGCCUACCAUGGAGGAUUACUACGGCAUCAAGUCCCGCCGAGCUCGCGAAUAUAUUCGGUCGCUGCCGUUCAAGAAGAAGAUUCCAUGGAAGGCCAUGUUCCCCAAGACCAACGACUUGGCGCUUGACCUGCUCGAGCGGUUACUCGCUUUCAACCCCGUCAAGCGUAUCACAGUCGAGGAGGCGCUCAAGCACCCAUACCUUGAGCCAUACCAUGACCCAGAUGACGAGCCGACUGCCGACCCAAUUCCAGAGGAGUUCUUCGACUUUGAUAAGAACAAGGACAACCUGACCAAGGAGCAGCUGAAACUCCUUAUCUACCAGGAGAUCAUGCGAUAA